GGUCGGCGGGCGGAAGUUCCGGUCGGAGAAGCAGGAGAGUGUGUCUAGGAGCCGGGGAGAGCGCGAGAGAGGUGCCAGCUGUUGGAGUUCCUUUCAGUGUAUGUGUGGUAACAACAUGUCUGUCCCCCUCCUUGCUGAUGCGGUGACUGUUUCAGGGGCAGAACGGGAGACUGCAGCGGUCAUUUUUUUACAUGGGCUUGGAGACACAGGGCACAGCUGGGCUGAGGCGCUAUCCUCCAUCCGACUCCCAUAUGUGAAAUAUAUCUGCCCUCAUGCGCCCAGGAUUCCUGUAACCCUCAACAUGAAGAUGGUCAUGCCCUCCUGGUUCGAUCUGAUGGGGCUGAGUCCGGACGCACCUGAGGACGAAGCUGGAAUCAAGAAAGCAGCUGAAAACCUUAAAGCAGUUAUCGAGCACGAAAUCAAGAAUGGCAUCCCACCCAACCGCAUCAUCCUCGGGGGCUUCUCGCAGGGCGGUGCCCUAUCGCUCUACACGGCGCUCACCUCCCAAUACCAGCUGGCUGGCAUCGUGGCUCUCAGCUGCUGGCUCCCGCUGCACAAGGCCUUCCCUCAGGCAGCGAGCAACGGUGUGAACAAGGAUAUCGCCAUCCUGCAGUGUCACGGGGAGAUGGACCCCAUGAUCCCUGUCCGCUUCGGAGCCCUCACCGCCGAGAAGCUGAAAUCCGUCGUCACCCCCACCAAGGUUCAAUUCAAAACCUACCCUGGAAUGAUGCACAGCUCCUGCCCUCAGGAGAUGAUGGCGGUGAAGGAAUUCAUUGAGAAGCUGCUGCCCCGGAUCUAAGCAGAGCCACUCGAGACUGUCGCAGGGAAAGGACGCAAGGUCACCACCUCUGAUCUUUCCCACUGAUCCUGUCUGCUGCAAACGGAAGCCAUGGCAACCAACCUCAACUCCAGUUGUUUUCCCUCCCUUCAAUCCUUCCCUCUCCUGUCUCUUCUGCACCACGGUCCUUCAGGCGUGUGGGGUGUUGCUCCCCGGUGCUCCCUGAGUUGAGAGUGGAGCUGUUUAAGGUAGAGACUGUCCCAAGUCCAGGGUGGCCUUAUCUCUCGCUCUCUUGUUUUCCCCUUGAGGAUUUCGAUCCCCUUGAUUUUCCUGUAUCAGACCCGGCUGUGGAGGUAGGCUCAGCACUAACUCAGGCUGAUUUCUAUGGUCUCCUGGCUUUUCUCUCCUGUUACAGUAUUAGCAGGGAGUCCCUCCCCUGGAAAGCAGGAGAUAUCUGGGAUCGCGGGGGGCUGCUGGCCCAUGCUCCCCUGGGCUUGAGCUCGAGAGCUUUGCAAAGCUACCUAGAAAGGCCCGAUGACCCUGCUGUGUGGCCCAGCGUGGUUGGGGAGCGGCUCAGUGGGGUCAUGGCCUCUCGGCAGCUGCACAGUCCUUUGGUCUCCAUGGCGGGACGAUUCCGAGGUUUUUAAAACAAAUCAGCCUCCCAGCUCAGGGGCCGUUGGUCCAGAGAGCGCUACACUGGGACUGUACCUUAAACUCUGUUCCCUCUCCCAGCAGCACAGCUCGGGGAGCUGGCAGCACACGUGGGUUGGAAAGUAGCUACCUACGUUCUCACCCCCCCCUCCUGCCAUGCGCUCUGUUACACGCACACCCCACAAGAGGAAGGCAGCCAUGCCCACGGGCUCCACACUGCGUCUGAUUGUGUCUCCGCUGCCAGGGCGCAGCGGCUCAGCCGUUCUAGAGAUAAUCGAGAGAUUUCCUUCUCCUUCUGUUGCUUUUUACAAUCUUCUCCGUUCUGCGUGCUGGGGCAUCCCCGCGCGUCUGUCUCCUCUCAUCGCCGCGCUGCUAGAAGCUAGGCAAGGAGGCAAAGACAAAUCGCUGCAGUUUACAGCCAGCUUCCUAGUGUAUUUCCCCUGAGAGCUGCCCUGGGGCCGGCCCAGUCAGGAGCGUCUCUUGCUGCUACUCCUUCCUCUCACAGCAGGGUCAGGUCAGGUGAAGGACAGAAGGAAAAGCACCAGCUCCUGCUCUUGUCCUGGGCUGGGAUAGAUGCAGGAAGGAGACUCGUUCCCAGCCUCCUCCUCACCAGCAUCUGCUAUUGCCCACGUCAGCUCAGCUGUCUCCUCGGCCUCUUCAAGGGCAAAUGCUGGAGAGCCUUUUCCCACUGUCCGGGGGCUGCCAGUCCCGGAGCACCCCUUGGGGCCAGUCGCUGCUACGCCCACAUCGCCCUGAGGGCUCUGCGUGCUGGCCCGAGGCGGGGAUCGUCCCAGCAGGGAAGGCGAGAGCAUCCCUAAGAGCUGGGGGUAGAAUCGCCUGCCUUUGCCACAGGGGCUUGGCCCUCUCCAUGGAAGGCUGGGUCCUUCCUCCCUGUUCAGCUGAGCCCCUAGUGCUGGCACAGGGAUAAGGGGAUGUGGCUUCCGGUGCUGGCUGACGUAUCUUGGCAGGCAGAGCAGAGGACCCGUUCUCUCUCCCUCAGAGGAUCCAUCCUCCUCUCCUGCACCCCUUCCAGCUGAGGGCUGGCCUCUCCCUGAACCGGCAGAGGGUGUUUGCUGUUGAGCAGCACAGGCCUUCUCCCCCCGUGGGCUCCGCCCGCUGCAUUAUCAGCUGGAGCAUAAGCGGGGUCUGGAAAUCAAGCUGUAAAUGUCUUUUAAAGAAACCUUUUAGGCUAAGGGCUGAAUUCCUUAUUCCUCCUGCAGUCGCUGUCUCCAUCAGCUGAACCCCCCCCCCCCCUCCCCCCAGCAUAGACUUAGCCAGCAAGGCUGCAUGGGCUGCGGUCUGCCCCCUGCAUGGUCAGGGCUAGACCUGCCCUGGGGAUGCACUGGGGCCUGCUGUGAGCUUGCAGGGUGGAGGCAGGGCUGGCUGUUCACAGCAAGAGCAGGGCACUGCAGUGGAACUGACUCAGGCCCAGCCUAAAUGGGGACCCCCCCACCCCCUCCAGGAAAGAGCUGGGUUGCAGCUUCACAGAGGCAGGAGAAAAGGGGGCUCGACCCUGGUCCACGGAUGCAGCUGUGUGUUCUAGGCUUGCCCAGCCCGCCAGCGCUGCACAAAGCAAUAACCCUCUCGAGAGACUCAAUCAUGUUGGACCCAUUUUUUAAAAGAUUUACUUAUGUCGCUGCUUGCAGGGGGGAGCUGCGGGUGGGGGGAGGCGGGACUAGCUCUUCUCAUUUUGGACACAGCCCUUCUGUUUCUCCUCCUCGUGUCUGUUUAAAGCUGUCCCCUCCCUGGGCUGAGGCAGCGGCAGGGGGAAAUGCAGCUCUACCUGAUUGUGUGACUGUGAAUUGGAACAUUCUGCAUCUUGGCUGGCUGGGGGCCGGGCCUCAUGUUCAUUCUUAUGUACAGUUUGGUUGAAAGUACUGGCCUGUUCUCAGAGCAUUCCACAGAGCUGCUCUCUCCCUGUGUCAGCAGCAACUUCCUCUGGGCCAGGGGGCUGCUGAGGCCUCAGGGGGGGGGAGAGAAAGAAGCUUCUGUCCAUUCCUGAAAAUGGCUUUUAGUUCUCUGUCUUCCUUGGGGAGGGUUUGUGUUCCACACCCUUGGAUAUGAGAUUAAAGAAAACGUAAACCUCG